UCUGGCUUCAGGCCGCACCCCAUUCCCUGCGGUCCCGCCCUUCCCCCCGCCCGGGGCCGACAGGCGGGCCCCGCGGCGCCGCUUCCGGUGCGGGCCCCGCCCCGGCUGUGGCCCGGGCUGCGGACCAGUCCGAGCCGCUGCCGCCGCGCCGCGCCCAGAGCCCGAUGCCGCCUCGUCCGCUGCAGGGUCCUGGAGCGCCCCGGCAUAGGUUUAGAACCAGUGUGCCUGCUGGGCUGUGCCCAGGGUUCAGAGCCAUGCCAAUCGGUGGGUGAAGCACUUGAGGCCCUGAUGGAACCGCUGCAGCAGCAGCCACCGCAGCAGCAGCCACCAAACCUAGCUCCUCUGGGAAUGGAUGCCAGAGAGAAGCAGGGACAGCAGAUAAGAGAAGCCCAGUUCUUGUUUGCCCAGAAGCUGGUCACACAGACUCUCCUUUCUGCCACACCUGGGCGGCCUUCUGGCAGCCUUUCCCUGGGUCCCUUUAGCCAGAGUUCUCCAGCCACAGCAAUGACCCGAGUUUUUGAACGGAGCAACGCAAACUCAGAGCCUAAGGAAGAGGAGGGAGGCUUGGAAGAUGAGGAUGGGGAUGAUGACAUUGUAGAGGCUGAGAAAGAGGCCCAGGCUGCUUCAAAAUAUUUUCAUGGGCAGAAAGUUGUUCGCCAAGACCCCAGAGUGGCACCCAAAUCUGGUCUCCUUCCAGCACCAGGGCUCCCACCACAUGGACAGCAAGCUCAAGAAGACCAUACCAAAGAUGUUGCCAAGGCCCCACCUUCAGUCUCCACAGCGGGGCAGCCAGGCUGGAAUCAGGAUGAGCAUCUCAAGCAGAAUGGUGGUUUGGCUUGGAGUGAUGAUGCAGAUGGAGGCCGAGGAAGAGAGAUCUCUCGAGAUUUUGCCAAGCUGUAUGAACUGGACGGUGAUCCGGAAAGGAAAGAAUUCCUGGAUGACCUCUUCAUCUUUAUGCAGAAGAGGGGGACCCCUAUCAACCGAAUCCCUAUCAUGGCCAAGCAGAUCCUAGACCUGUAUAUGCUGUACAAGCUGGUGACAGAGAAGGGUGGCCUGGUGGAGAUCAUCAACAAGAAGAUAUGGAGGGAGAUCACCAAAGGCCUGAACCUGCCCACAUCCAUCACCAGUGCCGCCUUUACCCUGAGGACCCAGUACAUGAAGUACCUAUAUGCUUACGAGUGUGAGAAGAAAGCCUUGAGCUCCCCAGCUGAGCUCCAGGCAGCCAUUGAUGGCAACCGGCGGGAGGGCCGCCGGCCCAGCUACAGCUCUUCCCUCUUUGGCUACUCGCCCACUGCCACGGCUGCUGCCACCAGGGCCCCUGCCCUUCUCUCCACACCCAAGAUCCGCUUCCCUGUCCUUGGGCUGGGCUCCAGCAGUGGUACCAGUGGCAGCAGCCCUCGGAUACCCCCAGCAACUACUCUCAGGAAAGGUGAUGGAGUCCCGGUGACAACAGUACCUGUGCCAAAUCGUCUGGCUGUGCCCGUGACCUUGACAGGCCAGCAGGCUAGCACCCGGAUGGCCACGCUGGAGCAGCUGCGGGAACGGCUGGAGUCAGGAGAGCCCCCUGAGAAGAAGGCUUCCAGGCUGUCGGAGGAGGAGCAGCGCCUAGUGCAGCAGGCCUUCCAGCGCAACUUUUUCAGCAUGGCCCGGCAGCUACCCAUGAAGAUCCGGGUCACCGGCAGGGCAGAAGACAGAUCAGAGGCCUCGGCUACAGCGCUGAAUCUGACCUCGGGCAGCAUUGGGAGCAUUAAUAUGUCUGUGGAUAUCGACGGCACCACCUAUGCAGGUGUGCUGUUUGCCCAGAAGCCUGUGGUCCACCUCAUCGCAGGGUCUGCUCCCCAGAGCAUCAGCAGCAGCAGCAGCAGUUCUCACUGCUCACCAAGUCCUACCUCAUCACGGGGCACCCCCAGUGCAGAGCCCUCCACCAGUUGGUCCCUCUGAGGGGCAGGACCCAGCUUCCACUCCCCACUCUUCUGUUGAGAGUGAAGGAAGUCGAUGCACAAAAUUUACCUCAUCUCACGGAUCCCAUGUCAAAUACCAGAUGUUGGGAGUUUGGACAUGUCCGCUUGUCCAGGCUCCAUUCAGGUCCUGCUGUACUUGGGGGACAGGGAGAGGCUGGAGGGGCAGGACAGAGCAGCGUUGUCCAAUCAGAGAUUGUCCUGGAGAAAUGGGUGGGGUCUGUGGACAGCCAGCUUCCUGGGGAUUCCCAGGCCACCUCCCAUCCUGGGCACAGUGUAUUGACAAUCUGUAAACCGACACCAGGCUGGAGGCCCUUCAUAUCCUUUCUCCUUUAAUUUAUUUUUCUUCCCCUGCCUUCUGCCAUGACCCCAGGGUCACUGGUCCCUUCCCCUGCUCAGUGCCCCAAUCUUUAACUCUCAUGUGGGUCUGCUAGGAGCCAAGCGCAUGCCUUCCUAUCCCUACCUGCUGAGCAUGAGAUGGGGCUUUCCUUACCUAACAUAUUGGUUCCUGGGGCAUGGGUCCCUCCAAUUCGAGUCUUGAAGCAGUCCUCAGUUCCGAAGGCCCUUUGGACAUCUGCUAAGGGAGAGGCAGAGCCUUACAGGGCUGCCCAGGCAGGCCCUAGCACCCACUUCAAACUGACCCUUUUCUGACCCUCUUGGACCCUAUGCUUCCCACUUGCCCUUGUUGGUCAGCUGUGCCAAGAAAAGCCCACUUGUCCCUUGGCUGGUCUUCUCUUGGGGCCAUCUUAGCCCUAACACCCCCAAGCCUGCUAACAUCAGGUUCAUUGAAAUACCUCAGAUUUGUAAUUGUUGAUGUUUGAUUCUUCAGGAAGUAUUUGCAUCUCUGAAGUCUUUUUAUAUGUGUUUUGCCGACCUGAUUUUUUAUUUAAAAUUUUUUAUUAUUAUAGCACCAAAGAUAUGAGAGCAGAUCACCCCAAAGCCAAACAAAUGAUUUGGUACCCCAGCCCCUCUGGCCCUUCCUUGCAACCUUGGUGAGGAAGCGGGAGGCAGGCAGGAGAGAUGACUCAGGGAUCAGAGCGGCAGGGAGGAGGUGGAGUGGAAGCCUGGCUGGGUCCUGAAACCAUACCAGUUCUGAAGAUGGUCCUCCAUCCAUUUCCUGCCAUAACAGGGCUAGUCCCAACCCCUACCCCCUACUCUCCAGUGGGGGUAGGAUAUCUCCCCUUCAUUUCACACUCCCACCAGGACAGGCAGGCCAUGGCCUUUAGAAGAUGAGAGAGCUUUAUCUUCUCUUGAACCCUGGAGUGGAGCAGGCUGCUCCUGUGUUGUAAGGAAGAGCUGGUUCUCACACAAGGCUCUCCUGGAAAUGAAUAAGCCCUGCGGUAUGUCGUAGACAACACGCAUUUGACGUUGCUGGGCUGUAGGAGCCCAUACUGGCUUGAGCCCACACCUGGCUAACAUUCAGUCCUGUCUAGGAAAGGAAAGAGAAUUCCAGAGCUUGAGCACGAAAUGUGCUGUAGCUCUGCUGGACCUUGUCUUCUCUCCCCCAUCCCCUGGCCCUCCACCAGGGCUGACCCUCUUACCAGGCAAGUGCAGGGUGUGGGCAGAGAAGGGCAUCUGGGACCUGGUGCCUGGGAGGAGCCCAGUUGGCUGGCACUGGGCCCACCUGAAGGUGUUACAGACAUUUGCCAGUGUGUUUCUCAGGGGUUUGGUCACGAAGAAUGGACUCUUCCCACCCAGAGGACACAGGCAUAGCACACUGUCUUUCUGGUCAUUGGAUUCGAUCCCUUAGGCAGCUGGCCUGGUCUCCCCUCUCAGUGAACCCUUGCUGUCCUCAGGACAGCAGCAGGGUCUCAGCUGAAAGCCUGGGAGUGGAGGCACCAGUAGGUGUCUCUAGGAACAGGGCCUGGGCCAUGAGGAACCCUGAAGGCCCCACAGGCAGGCAGCCCAGGCAGCUCUGUCCCCUUGCCCUCCCCAUCUUAGGUGUAUUCUAGACAGGAAAAACAUGAUAGCACAUGGGUAGCCCAGGCAGUGGAUAAAUACCUCAGACGUCUUCUUGCAGCAAGUGUCUGUAUAUGUUGUGAUUAUUUUCUAUCUUACAUGUUCUUGAAUGUUUAUAUUUCAAUAAACCUCUACCUCUUCACACAA